AUCUGACACACUCACUAUGUCAACCCAGUCCGGAAUCACCGCUUCUCCAGAUCUUUUGGAUGCCUUCCAAUCUCUGCAACACGAUGUGUUAGUUGUGAAGGUGUCGGAGGACAGCACAAAAUUGGUUCAAGAUGUCAAUUGUCCCCAGAUUACUGGUGAACUACCACAAGUGUUCCCCCAAUUGAACCAGUACAUCUCGAGUAUCCAUCCACAUCCAGUAUAUAUUUUGCUAGCGCUUGAAGACGAGGAAUACGCAUUCAUAAGCUUCAUCCCAGAUAUCGCCCAUAUCCGGGAUAAGAUGCUUUAUGCCUCUACCAAGAACACUUUGUUGCAGGAACUCGGAGGCGGAAAGAUAAAGAGGGAUCACCUUUUUGCGUGGAGUGAGCUUAGUGAGUUGAGCUUUGAGCACUUUGACAGCUCCAGACCUACCCACGCUUUGAAUAAUGAAGAUGUGUUGACAAGCGAAGAAAAAUACACCAAGGAGAUUAACGCGUUACAAGAUCUAACGUUAUCGAGUGGUCGCAAAUUAGCAUCAAUGGAUAAUGCCAGUACCCAAUUGUUGUUCAGAAUCGAUUCCGAUUUAGAAAAUGCUUUUGCCUCAUUGGCCACCAGUGACUUAAUUGUUUUCAGCGUGGUACUUUCCUCUGAGCACUUUAAGCUUAUUUCCAAAAGAGCCAAUAUUGAGUUGGGUUCUUUGGUUAGCACUUUAGAGGCCUCUAACGAUUCUUCUAAUCCGGCUCCCCAGUUUGCAGUCUACAGUUACUCACCAGGGAAGUCGGUGUUGAUUUACACUUGUCCUUCGGGGUCAAAGGUUAAGGACAGAAUGAUUUAUGCUUCCAACAAGCAAGGAUUGAUCAACCAUUUAAAGAGUUUGUUCAAGGACCAUGGCUUGGAGUUGGACAAAGUGUUGGACAUUGGAGAUCCCGAGGAGCUAGAAAUAGGCGAGUUGAAGCCAUCGGAAGAAGUACCUUCAAGCACCAGCAAAUCUGGCUUGAGGUUCAACAAGCCCAAAGGACCACGCCGUAGAUGAGUAUAGAGUCGACAAAAUCAUUAAAUGUAUAUUUCAAAGUGUGUUUGUACCAUGAAGGUGCAAUCACCUGGAGUACUCGUUAAUUUCGUUAUUAAUAUAGUCUUGGACUAGGGUUUGUAGAUUUCGUUCGUCAUCACCAAAUAAUGAGUCCAUUACUUGGUUGUCUGUUUGGGCCAUGGAAGUAAUUCGGCCAUAUAUUUUUCUUGAUGCAGACCUGUUGAUCUUGAUAUAAUCAUCUUCGCUUCUGAUGAGCUUAACUUCAUUAUUGGUGUUCUUUUUAUAAAGGGGUCUUAAACGGUCUCGGAUAAACUUCUGGAUUCUGGAUUUCUGAUCGUAUGAGAGGACUGGUGCUUUAACCAGCAGAGAGUCUUCAUCUCCUGAAGUCACAGGACUAAAGUUUGAUGAGGACGGGCUUCCUCCCGAGGGAGAUCCUGAGUAUGACGACGAAUAUUCCACAACUGGUUCUCUAGAAGCAGUAUGAAAGCUGGAAUUAUGAGGUGGUGAAGACGUCUUGAUCUGGUUCAUGAGACUGGAGAUGCGAGAGCUCCCUGGCCCAAGGGGUCUUUCGGGGUGCGUAUCACCAGAAGUCUGGGGCAAAGUCUCUGGCAAAGUCCGCUUUUUCCUUCGUCUCCGAGUAGGCGUGUUAUUAUUCUGCAUAGAAUCCAACACCGCAGGUGUAUUCCCAUCCUUGGCCUGGUCAAAUAACUCCCAGGACUUGAGUUCUUCGGGGGUGAGAGAUUGCAACUGCCGUAUUUCUCUGCGGGCUAUCAGACCUCCGUUCACCACUGGAGGUGAGUAGUGGACCAGCUGGGAGUCGAAAAGGUCGUCUUCGGUGUCCAUAAAAUCAUCAUUGUUGGUAUACGUUUCGGUAUCAUCAAUGUCUCUAUCGUCAUCGUAGAAACCUGUUGGUUCAGGGAUGGGCUGUCGCCUUCUUGAAGAAGUGUUGAUAAUAUGCCGAAUGACGCCAUUGGCAGAAACUCUUCGUCUCGACACCGGCUGUCGUCUUCGAUACAACGCCGGACUCACCACCAUCUCCUGGCGACAGUCACAGAUGGGACAAUACCAUCCACUGUCAUAGUCAGAGUGGCUUAAACAGGUUUGAUGAAACUUGGAGUUGCAGGCCUGACACGUGACCAUGUUUCUGGUCAAUGAGGUUCGGUAGUCGGAGCUGGAGCAGAUGGAGCACACGCCGUGGCGUUGGGUGUCCAAAGGUUGUAGUUCUUCGUUUGUGGAUGGAAUGAUCUGGUUGGCAGGGAUGAUGUAUUCGGAAGGAAUAUCAUUGAUAGCGUCGUUUGCAAGUAGCUUAUCUUGAACAUGCACGGUUUCGAUGAUGUGGGGGCUGUUGGAAACCUUGAUAUCGAUGUCAUUAAAAAGGUUACGACAAGUAGGACACGAGUUGGAGUUGUUAGACCACUGAACAAUACAUGUGUCGUGGUAGUAGUGACGACAAUCCCUCACGACUCCCAAGCGGGAUGUGGGGAUUAGAAGCUCGAGGCAUAUUGUACAUUCUUCAUGAGGAUCCGGAUCACUCAUUUUUGGGUAGGUUGUAGUGCUGGAUGAUAUAGGUGGUUGA